AGCAUUGCAUGAUGGAACUUGUAGUUUUCCGGGAGGAAGCCGGGCUGUUCGGUCCCAAUGGGAGAGAGAGCUGUUGCUAGGAUACUGGCAGUAAGCAAUGCCACACCAUGUCGCAGCUUCAGUUUCUGGAGCUGCCCAAGGGAGCUGUGCUGCCUAUUACAAAAAUUAACCCUGGUUUGUGGUACUGGAAAGAUGACACUAAAACCCUUGAAUUUGCAAGUGCUUAUCCGAAGGAGGAACCUAAGGAAAAGUUUAAAAAAGGCAAAACUAUCCACUUCCAGGAAUCUGGGUCAAAAACACUGGACAGAUCGACUCCUAGUUAUUUUCGAGAUAUAUUUGCUCUCCGAAACAGUAUCCGAGGAGCAGAAGACAAAUCGCCUCGACCGGUGAAGCGAGGGCAGAAUGAAUUGAUUACUCUAGAUGAUGUUAAGUUUGCUGCUUUGUUUCUGGCAGAUGAAGAUGAAACCUUUCAUGUGCCUUCUUUCUCCAUUGUUAUGAGAUGUAAGCAGCUGGAUGGUUUCCUCAUGGCUUUGCUGUACUAUAUUUCCUUCUUUUUGGAAAAGAUAGCUUUGGAGAACAAGCCGAAAUCCUUUAUGGGGAAGCCCAGUGUCCUGGAAAAGAAAGAAAUGAAGGAGAAUAGAAUCAAACUAGCCGUGACUAAAAAACACCUUGCUGAGAUGUACUGCAUCCUUAUCCUGGGACUGGGAAUGGCUGAGCAGCAUCACAUGGCUUGUGGAAAGAGGAAAAUAUCGACUUCACAGAAAGACAGGGAUUUCUUUGAGUGCUUGUACAACUUCUCCUCCUAUGUGGCUUUCGUGACAUUCAAGCAGAAGAACCUCAAGGAAAUCCAGCAGGAAGUUGGCAGGCUGCUCCGCUCCAACAUAUUCAAUCCUGCUCUGAGGGACAGAACCACGCGAAAGGAGGUGAUUAAGACGGAUAUUACCAAGGAGGCCAAGAAAGUUAAAUUCCCCUACUGCAGGAGUGCAGAUGCCAGACAACCAGCCAUAAGAAGUGUCAUGGACCAGCGAUCGCCAGUGCUUAGCACUUUGCUCCCUAUGGCUAAGGACAGUGCUCAGUACCUUUUCCAGAACCAUUACCUUCGUCCUGGCAAAACAAGCCCAAGCUAUGAUCCUGAAGACCUGCCAGAGCUGAGCUCUGUUGUGACACAAAACAAGAUUGGCAUCAUUGGAACUCCACGCAGCAAGUAUAAUCCUCAUACGCUCAUUCCUCUUGGGAUACAGGACGAAAUGGAGGAGGACAAUGAAAGUCUAAGAACGAAGACAAGCAUGUCUUCAAUAUGUUCUCGAGAACUUACUGCUUCUUCUCAGAGGGGUACCCAAGACAGUGGAAGCCACACAUGUGUUGCAGUAUCAAGGGCCACCACUGAAGGAGACUAUGUUGAGAAUCCCCAGUAGUGUACAUUAGGAUUAGGGUUUAGUUUUCCACUUGUUCAAUACACUUCUUUGAAGCGGCAACUGAUUCAUGUCUGAUUGACCGAUCAAUCAAUUGAUAAUAUUUUUAUCUUGCCUUUCAGGUUAAAACCUCUGAAGGUGGCUUACAAAACCAAAAACCAUAGAGAACAAAAGCAUUAAACCCCAAUAAAAAUAGAAGCAAAACAAACUUGGCGGCAACCCUCCAUAUAGUAAAGGAAACAUGCUUUUAAAAACCCUGGGAACAUUAGAAAGGCUUUCAGCUGGUGUCACCAUAGUGAAUUCCUCAAAUGGGAUACCAGAUUUGACGUCUUUUUACUGAAGACCAAGGGGCAGUUUGGCCAACCUAACAAUAUUUUCAACUCUACAAACCUUUAUCAGUUUUAUAGCAGCUCUAACACUCCUAACUCUCCCCCGAGAAUCUUGGGAAUUGUAGUUUAUUGAAGAUGCUGAGAGAUCUCUAUUAGAGAUCACUACCUUGCCUACCCCAAACUACAAGCAUUUGGGAGGGCAAAUUCUCUCAAGUUAUUUCUCCCCACAAUGGAGAUUGAAAUCUCUUUCAGAAAAGACAUGUCAAAGGUAAUGGAGGAAAGGUCUAUCAAAGGUAUCAUGGAGGAGAGGUUUAUCAAUGCCUUCUAGUCAGAGGGCUAUAGGCCACCUCCAGCCUCAAAGGCAGGAUGCCUCUGAGUACCAGUUGCAGGGGAGUAACAGCAGGAGGGAGGGCAUGCCCUCAACUCCUGCUGUAGGCUUCCAAUGGCAUCUGCUGGGCCACUGUGAAACAGGAUGCUGGACUAGAUGGGCCUUGGGGCUGAUCCAGCAGGGCUGUUCUUAUGUAAUAUCAGAAUGUCUAUUAAAGUAUCUGCUUCUCUUCCAACACAGAGAUUAGGAAGGUUUUCUUCUGCUGAUUGACUCGCAAGCAUGUGACAUUGGAGGAAUACAGACACAUAUAGCUAUUCUGAUUAUUUUGCAUGCUUUUUGCAGCGUGGCUAUUCAACCCUGACCUUUAGAGUUAUGAACAACCAGCCCUCUUCAUGUUCCACCAUGACACACUGGAAAGAUGGAACAUAUCUUAGGAAUGUGUGCAAGUGAGAGCUAGUGCCAUUAACAUCUUAGCUAGCCACUCUCUCUCAGCCUUAACCACCACCCCUCUCUGCAAAACAACCUGGGAUCAAGUUGCCUUAAGGAUCUCCUCCUCCUAUAUAAAUCUACCAGAGCACUCAGAUUAAAAUUGGGAGCCUUGUUCUGUGUUCUUCCAUCAUCUGCAGGUGGUCAGAUGAGACAGGGUCUUCUUGGUUGUGGUUCCUAAGGUAUGGUUUGAGUUACUGAGGGCUGCUCACCUAGGAGGCUUUUUGGCAGCUGAUGAAAACUAUUUCAGAGGGCUUUGGGACUGGACAAAGACGGACUAUUUCUUAGGUCUAUCAAACUAGACUCUAAGAAACAUGCUUCCAAUGGAAAGCACAUCUUUUUUCCACACAAAAAACAGCAGUGGGAGGAUGUACAGAUCAGGACUGAGGCAGGAGGGGAAGAGAAGCUAACUGCAAAUACCAACUUUGGGGGAAAGAGCCACAUAAGAACAGCCCUCCUGGAUCAGGCCCAAGGCCCAUCUAGUCCUGUUUCACACAGUGGCCCACCAGAUGCCUCUGAGGAGCCCACAGGCAAGAGGUAUGUGCAUGUCUUUUGUAGGAUACCACAAAAGCAGGGAAAUAGUACAAAGGGAAACAGUUAACCUCACCUAUGGCUGGAGCCCCCUCCUCUUCCUCAUCUAUGGCUGGAGUGUGUGCGCGUGCGUGCGUGCAGUGGUGUAGCUGCAAAUUCAGACAUUCAAGCGGUCUCCAUGACAGCCCCCAUAACCACACCCACGCUUACAGCCAUGCCCCAUAGCCAUGCCCCCAGUACAAAACAUGCCAAAAAUUGACCUCUUUCUAUAUUUUUAAUGCAGUUUUGUGGUAAUUGUUUUGUCUGCAAAUAUGUAGGCUAUAAAAAAUAAAACCUGCCCAAAGUA